AUGGUAUCACGCGGUCGCGCCUCACUUCAGCAAGGCCUGGACCGAGAAGUCUACCAAGUGGUUCGCAAGUACCUCGACGAUAAGAAUGAAUCACCCCUCAAACUUCGCCUCACAACCGUAUACGACUAUAUAUCGCGAUCAAACUCCAGUUUGAAGAGGAGGCCAAAGAAACAACUCGAGGAUAGUAUUGACCGAGUGAUCGAUGUCAUCCGUGAAGACGAGAGUGGAGAUGACGAGGACGAGAUGGCUGAGCUUGAGGGCGACUUUGGCGAUGAAGAUAAGACCAAGGAUGCAAAACCGAUUGAUUGGAUGAAUAGACAGAUUGUGAAUCAAUGGGCGAGCUCUGGGACAGCGACGCCGGCUGUUGGGGAGAAGAGCGAAAAGCGCGAGAAGAGUGAGAAGAGCAAAAAGAGGGACGGGGAGAAAACUAAGGGAGAUCGCGAGAGCAAGAGACAGAAAAAGGCAGCGGCACCCGACGCCAAGAUUGAUACUGCGCCGCCAACAGGAGUGUGCUUGAAGGAUCUGGGCGGUGUCGACAAUGUGAAGAGACAGCUCAAAGAGCAUCUGGUGUUGCCUCUUCUCUGCCCUGAGGAAUACGUUGAUCGCAAAAUCCCUAUUCCACGCGGUAUUCUUCUGCAUGGGCCUCCAGGAUGUGGUAAAACUGUAAUCAGUCGAGCCUUCGCUGCGGAAUUAGGGGUACCUUUCAUCGAGAUCCUUGGACCAUCUGUCGUAUCGGGUAUGUCCGGCGAGUCAGAAAAGCAGGUCAGGGAGCACUUCCAGAGGGCGAAAGAGGUGGCGCCGUGUUUGAUUUUCAUUGAUGAGAUCGACGUCAUUGCGCCAAAACGCGACAGUGCGCAGAGUCAGAUGGAAAAGAGAAUCGUCGCUCAGCUUCUCAUCUCCAUGGACAGUCUUUCUAUGGAGGGAAAUGACGGAAAACCCGUGAUCGUACUUGCAGCAACGAAUCGCCCAGACAGCCUUGACCCAGCACUUCGACGGGGAGGCCGGUUUGACACUGAAAUUAAUAUGGGCGUUCCAAACGAAUCGAUGCGUGAGCUUAUCCUCAAAGCUCUUACGCGCGAGCCAAAACUGUCGGACGAUGUCGACUUCCCUUCAUUGGCGAAGAAAACAGCUGGCUUUGUAGGUGCUGAUCUAAAGGACUUGGUAAGCAAGGCAGGUACAUGGUCGAUGGACCAGUAUCGGGAGGCUCUGGAAAAACAAGCGGCUGAAACAGAGAUGGAAAUCGAUGACGGUGUGGGCGCCGACGAGCUCUCUGCGGUCGAUCAAUCAAUAGCGCGUCUCAUCAAGCGCGUGCGGAAUACAGAGGCACCACGGCCAGAGGGAUUCGAAGACACCGUCAUUUCAAUGGAGGCGUUUGAUGCUGUUCUGCCAACAAUAACCCCGUCUUCAAAGCGAGAGGGUUUUGCUACCGUGCCAGAUACAACCUGGCGAGACGUUGGAGCUCUGGCAAACGUCCGGGAAGAGCUCGAGAUGGCUAUCUGCGAACCCAUCAAAGACCCUGGGAAGUUUGCGAAGUUCGGCAUCUCAGCACCUACUGGCGUUUUGCUUUGGGGUCCACCUGGAUGUGGAAAGACCCUUUUGGCAAAGGCAGUGGCCGCAGAGUCGAAAGCAAACUUUAUCAGCGUCAAGGGACCCGAACUACUGAACAAGUACGUCGGUGAAUCUGAACGCGCCCUCCGCCAAGUCUUUAUGCGCGCCCGCUCCUCCAUUCCCUGCGUCAUCUUCUUCGAUGAGCUCGACGCUCUCGUCCCUAAGCGCUCUACAGAACUCCACGAAGCCUCUGCUCGCGUCGUCAACACCCUCUUGACCGAACUCGAUGGUCUCAGUAUGCGCGAAGGCAUAUACUUGAUUGCAGCGACCAAUCGCCCAGAGAUGAUUGACGAAGCAAUGCUGAGACCGGGAAGAUUGGAAACGCUGCUGUAUGUGGAGUUGCCGAAACCAGAGGAGCGCGUGGAUAUCCUAAAGGCACUUAUCCGUCAACGUGGCGUUAUCAACGCCGAUCUGGCAAAUAUUGGACGACUAGAAGAGUGCAAGAAUUUCAGCGGUGCAGACCUGGACAGUUUGCUGAGGAAAGCUGGACAGCGCGCUCUUAAACGAAGAUCAGACAAGGUUGAGGAGAUUGACUUCAUGGAGGCAGCGCGGAAUAUCAAACCGUCCGUGGGCGAUAUUAAGAAAUAUGAGAAACUACGCGAAAGGUUCGAGACGAAGCUUUGGUAG